AUGCAAUCAAUGCAGAGACAGUUCGGCAAGCUCUGGAACAAAGGUCCCGGAGACAAUGCCAAGGUUUCUGCUCUCCUCAAUGAUUACGAGGAUGUGGACAGGCUCCUCGCGAAGAUCAUAGAUAAUGCAAAAUCAUGGAGGGAUUCUUGGACCGCGCUUGUCACCACUCAGUUACAGGUCGUCACCGAGUAUGAAGCCCUCUACGACCCCAUCGUCGGCGCAUCCGACGGGAGGGCCCAGACCGCCCCCACACCUCAACUCCAGCUCGAGCGCACAUUCAGGCUGAAGACGGCAUACGCCGAGCUGAAGGCUGAGCUGAUGGAGGAGAUCGCUCUGAUUGAUGGGCACGUCAUGCAGCCCGCCUCGAGUGCGCGAGAGGCUAUUGCUCCCAUUCGCAAGACCAUCAAGAAGCGGGAGAACAAGCGACUGGAUUACGAAAAGGCGCAGGAUAAGGCGCUCAAACUUCAGAGGAAGCCAGCCCGCACCGCCAAGGAGGACGCGGCUUUAGCGAAGGCUGAAGUUGAGGUGUCACAUGCGGCAAAUGAGUUCAGCAUUGCUGACGAGCACCUCCGCGAGACUUUACCGCCCAUCAUCACCGCGGCCUUCAGCUUGGUGAACCCCUUGCUCGCAAAUCUCGUCAUGAUCCAAACCAGAUUGCUAGGACUCUACUACACGACCCUCCACGGAUACUGCCAAGAAUUCGGAUUCCCAUCGCCGCCGCCGCCGAUGGAGGACGUGGUCGCCACGUGGAAUGCCGCGCUGGGCCCAGUCCGAAGCCAGGUAGAGUCCAUCAGCUUCAUCGCUCGCGGCAAGGCAUCGCAGCAACACCCGAGCCUGGGCCGGGACGGCGCCCCGACGAAGCCAGGGCCUACUCCCAUCAACGGGGCCCGUCGCACCUCGUCAGGCCUGAUUCCCAGCUCUCACGCGCGCACCCUGCGAGCCCCGCCCGCGACCUCACUCCAGCCGCCGUCUGCGGCGCCCGCAACUGGAAGCGCGCGGUCAACAUCUCCAUAUAAGCGUCCCGACCUCUCGAACGCCACAGACUUCACCACAGCGACAAUCCUAGGCGGCGGCACGGUGAACCGGUCGAGGGGGGCCUCACCCGGCGCAGGCGCCGCCGCGUCUGGGCCGAAAACCCCGUCGCCCUUCUCGCGAGCUACUACAGCUAGUAGCACCACCACCAACGGAUUAGCCAAGAAAAAGCCGCCGCCUCCACCACCGCCGCCGAAACGUGCCGCAACAGCCAAGCCAGACGAGUGGGUCGUUGCCGAGUACGCUUUUGCCGGCCAGGGCCAAGGCGACCUGUCCUUCCGGCAGGGAGACAGGAUCAGGGUGAUCAAGAGGACGGAUACCGAUCAGGACUGGUGGGUCGGGGAGCUGGGAGGAGUGACGGGUAGUUUCCCGGCCAAUUAUUGCAAGCCCCUAUGA